AUAAUAUACGUACAUGCAUAGAUUCGUACACCACCUACUUGGCUUACCGUGUCGAAAUCCGUCAAAUGGCCUGUUAUUUCUAAUGGAGAAAUCCUUGAGGAGAUGUUCUAAAUUCAUAAGAAAAUCUGAACUCUGUAGUCCUGAUUCUCCAAGAUCGCGAAUCAAGCGACGUGCUGUACCUACCGAACAAACGGAAAGCAACGCUCGGUGAUUCUCGGCAACGAUAGAUGUCGCCCCAUGAUUUCGCUCGUAGUGUAACAGAAAAUAAGUACUCGCGAAUCUACUUGAAUUCUCUAUAAUCAUUUCUCGUUCCAACAACGAUGAUAAUAGUUGUCUGGAGUACCCUGAAUAAGUAGAAAUACGUUGCGUUACGUAUAAUAAACUAAUACGAUCAGAGAUAUACCCGUAACGCAAUUAUACCAGGAAUUAUUUCUGUUACUCGAGUAUCCAAGCACCUACGCGUUACGUUUACCUUACGCAUUCGAGCAUCGUUUUCACCGAUAUCGAUCACUUUCAACCGUCAUCUUUCGUUUCGACUAUUAGAUGAAAAGCAAAUGAGAAAAUAGACAAAUAGGAGAACAAUGCUAUAUCUACGAUACGGUAGGCGCUACGUAAUACAUACCCUUUCCUUUUGUGCCCGAUUAUGCUGCUGUUCGCUCGCGUAUGUAACGCGCGCAAGUAGCGCGUCUAUAGGAAUGGAAGGAUCUCUGUCGAGUUCUCCAAACACGAACAUCUGUUUCGAAGCAGCAGGAUGAAACUGUUACAAUUCGUUAUCACUCGACGCGUUGGAAAAUAAAAAAAGGAGCAACAAUGGAGGACGAUAUAGACAUUUACGAAGAUCUGCCAAGUUUCGGAGAGAAACUUGAGGAAAACUUCGUAGUAAACCAUUCGGAACACAAUACUACUCCAGAAUGUGCAGAAUUAAAGAGACAAAUUGCAAAUCUUACGGUAAAACUGGAAGAUUUUCGGAAGGUUAACGAAAACUUGGAGUUGAAUUUGGUAUCAUUACUGAAAACUGCGAAAGCUGAAAUUGCACGGAAGGAUAAGAUGAUCGAUAGCCUGCGAAAAGAACUCGAUGAUGUAACAUUCAGAAGAGGUGGACAUUUCAAAAAGAACGAUCGUGUUUGUACAUCCAGUUUCAGCAAUACCGUUGCAACUGUUCACCGUAAAACUGUCCAAGCAUCUUCGUCUGCCAGAGAAGAUAAACACGGAUCGUUGGAAAUACAUUUGUCGUACAAUCUAACCAAACAUUCUAACCUAAGCAAAUCCACCUCCACGCCUUCUACAGUGUUCAGUGAACGAUUACGUAAAAGAAUUGCCGACGAACAGAACUUGGAAAGAAGAGAAAAGCAGUCGAGCAGAUUCACAGAGAAAUCCAAGGUUCCGACCACCGAGGGUUACAUCACUGAAAGCGACAAAGAGAAUGGCUCUCUGGCGAAUACAGAUUCUUCGAGUACGAGAGGAAUGCAAUCAUCGUCCACGGUAACGCGAUAUUCUGAAACUGACCGAUUUACCGUAACACAUUUUCCAGCGGAUCAAGAGAAGAGAGACCAGGGGAAUUCUGUCGCAAACAUUCCACAAAAGAGAGCAAACGACGAAACCUACAGGUCUGGCUGCUUAAAACGGUUUAAAUCCGAGGAGAAAGAACAUACGUCGAGAUCAAAUAAUAAAGAAAUAUGCGAGAAUGUCGUACAGUUAUCCGAUAUAGAAUCCGAACGGCGACGCACGACACAUUUCGAUUCCGAACAAACUCGUUGCACGUUAGCUCAAGAAGAGAAGAGGCACAGUUAUCUUCCGUUCGUCGAAUCUGCUGGUAAAACAGGUCAGAGAGACACAGGCGAGCGUACCUCGAAACGGAAUUGCAAAUCCGUCGUCUCAACGAUCGCGCCGGAAGAGAAACAUGCGAGUCACGGUUAUCGUCCCAGUAUCGCCGAGCAUCGUCGAAUUAAACGCAGGGAAGAUUGUCGCGCGAAUGAAACGCGGGAGGAUCGUCGAUCGCGUGGAAGGCAACCUUCGUGCGAGAAUUAUCGGGAGGAGAAAUACAUUAGAAGCAAAUACAAAUACGCGGGUUGCGAGGAGAAAUCGGAAAGGCGUCACGACGGCCGCAGCAGUACCGGUGGCACGGUUAAAUCGACGACGGUGAGAAAGGAAUCCCGCAACUCGCAAAACGCCGCGGAACAACCCACCAGUGAACAAAAUUCAACUUGUAACGCGCAGCUGUUGGAUCAUUGCGACGAUUACGGAUGUCGAGUAAAAGACCGACCGAGAAGUUCCGACAAAACGACGCGCCGAGACAACAGGCGAGACGAGUGUAACGAGUAUUCUUCGCAUCGGAAAUCCGUUCGAAAAAAGUUUCCCGAACACGGUCGACAAUCGGAAGCAUCAAAAUCGGAAAAGCUCGUCGAAACGAACGAGUCUGUCGAGAGGAUCGAUCGACGGAAACUUACGGAGAACGGCAAAGCUCCUGUAACGAAACUCCUGCUCGACGAUUCCUCGGAGAAAUUAAUCGAUCGGAAGAAAGAUUUGGAAUGUUCGAAAAUCGACGUGGACCAAGUCACGAAUGAACCGACCAGUAACACCGACGACUGUUCGACCAGCAAGGAGAAAAGCUGCGAAAAUGCUGGUGACAAAGCGAAAGAGUCGACGCACUGUUCAACGGCAACAGACGCGAGUGCCGCAUGUCUUGCGACUGUAGCGUCACUGGACGAACAAUCGAGCGAACUUGUCGAAAAUGUCGAAAACAACGAGACCAUAGAAAAUGUUGAGAACAUUGAGAAAUUCAUUCGCAAUUACACCUCCGAUAACGAUCCUCGGAAAAAGAAUCUGGACGAAAGAGACGCAGCAUCGAACGAUUACGUAAACGAAUACAAAUCGAUAAAGAACGAUGUUAUCGAGGACGAAACGAUCUUGGAAGAUCAGCAACGCGACGCGGUCCGUCGAGACGGGACGGAACGAGAAGCAGACGCAAAGCUCCGCGCAAUUGAAUCGGGAGUCAUGUUUCAACAGCUUCUCGAGGACUCGGAUCGAACGGGUCAGACUGAAACUGCCGAAACGACGACUGCAGUGACGGAAUCUGCGAAAAAUGUAAACGAUUUAGCGGUAGACGGUAAUUGCGCCGCCCAAAGAUCCGUUAGUGCAUUAGAAAGUAAUUAUUCCAAUGAUUUCGCGGCCAACGGAAGAUCGGCGAGUUUCGGAACGGGAACUAUAUCGGUGAGUUCGGAUAGUUCCGCGACAGAUAACAUUCCUCCAAGCAUACCCUUUCAAUUUCCCGAAGAAAACCAUAACGAUAAUGGCGGUGAUAAGGACAAGGUUAAAAGUAACGACGAAAGUUGCUUUACAAGCGUUCUCAAAGAUUCCGAUGCCGAUAAAGUUAAUGGUAAUUCUACUUACGAUAUUCAUUAUAUCGAUAAGGACGAGGAUGAAGAUAAGGAUAACGAUAACAUCGGUGUUCGCCGAGAUGAUAUUGAAAAUAAUUGUCCGAACGUUACGAAGAAAGAUCAAACGAACGAACGAGAGAACAGCGAAAAUCUUUCAGCCAAGUUGAACGAACAAGUCGAGAAUGAAAAAGAGAAGGCGCUCGAUAAAAGUACGACGGAAAAAGGACUACACGAGUCGAACAAGUCGGCCGUUAAUAACGGUACAAACGCAAAAGCCGCGUCGAUGAACGUUCACGGGAAAAUAGUCGUUUUUGCGCGACGCAAGAAACCUGUGUGUUUAGCAAACAAUAACGCAAACAUGACUGUCCUUAUAAAUAACUGCCAUAGCCCCAAUACGAACUGAUCGGGGACCGACUAUACCCUCGCCGUGUAAUUUCCAACAAGUCGAAGCAUCGAACGUACAAGUGUGUUCUCGCUGUAUAAAACACUGUAAAUAGAAUAUGUACAUAUGUCCAGCUUUCUUUCACAUUUCAUUUCGAAUAGGACGAGAACGAGAACCUUCGACGCGUAUUUGACAAAUGAGAAAUGCGAUCAGGUUACGUUUCCGAUCUGUUGGACAUUUACUUAACCAUUUCCUUCAAAUAAAUAUCA